UACGGCUGGUCGUGGUCACRGUUUCAAAUGACUUGUGAUUCGAAGGACUGCAUGGACACAAUGGAUGGACCAUACGAAUAGGAAUUUCACGCUCYGAAAACACUGGUCAACAUGCCUCCCACGACACCGUAUGCUGGCAAGUUCAGUACCAGCACUUAUAACAACAACAUUCAUCUCCACAAAUACCACCAGCCCAUGAAAGUGAGCUACGACAUGUGCUACCAUGACAACAGUCUUGUUUCUGGCUCCCUGGAGGCCCUAAUACAACAUUUAGUUCCCACAGUGGACUACUACCCUGACAGGUCGUAUGUCUUCACCUUCCUGCUGAGUUCCCGUCUCUUCCUCCACCCCUACGAGCUCAUGUCUCGGCUUUGUCACCUGUGUGUGGAGCAGCAUCGAUCUGGAGACCUGCUGCUUGAUAAGAUCAGAAUACGGGACGUUGCUCCAAAGAUCGUGCAGCUGCUGACUGAGUGGACAGAGACGUUUCCCUAUGACUUCAGAGAUGAGAGGAUGAUGCUCUGCCUGAAAGAGAUGAGCCAUCAUCUGGCCAGAGGAGAUGAGUACUCAUGGCGGGCCAUGCAGCAGAUGACACAGCGGUUGAUCCGGAGAUUGGCGGCUCUGGGUCAGUAUGAGGAGGCGAUCGCCACGCUCAACGCCUCCGCAGCAGAGAGACCCACCGCUCUGAAGGCCAAGCAGCAGAACGGACAGCGGAAUGAUGUCCUCAGUGUCUGUGAUGAUGCCUUUAUACUAGCCCAGCAGCUCACACACAUUGAACUGGACAGACUGAGUUUUAUUGGACCAGAGGAGUUCAUCCAAGCCUUUGGUGUGAAGGAUCCCCUGGACAACCAUAAAAGUUUCUUCCGAAAACGCAAGACUACUAACCUGGAGGCCUAUGUAGCUUGGUUUAACAGACUCAGCUACCUGGUGGCUACUGAAAUUUGCAUGCCUGUAAAGAAGAAGCAUAGAGCCCGGGCCUUGGAGUUCUUCAUAGACGUGGCCAGAGAAUGCUAUAACAUCGGCAACUUCAACUCACUCAUGGCCAUCAUCACCGGAAUGAACAUGAGUCCUGUGUCCCGACUGAAGAAGACCUGGAGCAAAGUCAACACAGACAAAUUUGACAUACUGGAGCACCAAAUGGACCCGUCCAGUAACUUCAGCAACUACCGUACUGCCCUGCGAGGAGCCACCCAGAGGUCUAUCACAGCACACAGCAACCAGGAGAAAAUAGUCAUUCCAUUCUUCAGCCUUCUCAUCAAGGACAUCUACUUCCUCAAUGAGGGAUGUGCCAGCCGACUACCCAACGGUCAUGUCAACUUUGAGAAACUGUGGGACCUGGCGAAGCAGGUCAGUGAGUUCCUGGUGUGGCGUCAGGUGAUGUGUCCCUUUGAGAGAGACAGGAAGAUCCUCCAAUACCUGGUCACUACACCUGUCUUCACCGAGGAUGAGCUGCACUUGGCCUCCUAUGAGACCGAAGGUCCAGAGAACCACCUGGAAAAAGACAGUCGGAGGUCUCUCAGGACAUCMCUACUGCAUAGAGAGCAUCGGUGAGUGACGGUCAUGACUGGGACACUGAGCGAUCCUCUUUCGCAACAAGAGGCUCACGGUUGACAGGGUCUGGAAGAUGAAGAUUUUCACAAAGGAUGAGGAAAAUAACCCUUUUCAAGCACUCAGAUUAAGGAUGCCUCCUUCUAUGGCUGGAGAACUGAAAAUCUUGCCUCUCGCACUGUACAUUAACAGAUGAUUCAUUUGUAACUUGUCUACCCACACAGUAUUACAGUUCUUUUACAGAUGAUUCAUUUGUAACAUGUCUACCCACACAGUAUGACAGUUAUUUUUUAUACCAAUGGGUCGAAAUGGUUACUGAUGAUUUUCUAAGCUUUUCUGAAGUAGUAUUUCUGAAGUGGCAUGAGCUUGUUGCUGGUUGGCUUGCUCAGUGUUCUUAAAAUGUCAUCUAUUUUUCUUUUACGUUUUUGUUCUUAGUAAAUUGUGUGAUUUGUAUAUGUCAUAAAUUACUUAAAUAUUUGUGCUGAACAUAAAAAUAUUCUCAUCUCAUCUUUGGUGAAAGGAAUACGAAUAUGACCCAAUAGCCUGUGAAUAGUUAACUCUGUUUUUAAAUGUUUUUGUAUCAUCAUAUGUGUUUGUUUACCUUACAGAUAUUACUUUUUAUAAAUAUUUUAUUUUUAUGUAUUCUCAUCUUUUUUUACUAUUUGGUUUUGUAUCGUGUAUAUUUUAUUGUUUGCUCCCCCAAUGUGUUACUUAUCAGGGUACUCUACAUGAAGUUCUUAUGAAAUAAUAGGUAUAUUUUUCUUUCAAAAUAAAAUAGAAAAAUUGAAGCGA